AUGCUUCUUUGACAAAAGUUGCAAAUACUCAUUCUACUAUUUUAUGUAGGAUCUUGCGAUAUGGCCCAAAACAGUCCCGAUACCUUUCAAAGUCCUGAUUUUACUAUUCCAGAGCCUGUGAGCAGCUCUAAUAAAAGAAGACCGGAUAUCGUCUUGGAGUUUAUGGAAGAGAAUGGACUUAAAGUUUGGCAUCUUAUAGUGGCAUUGAUAGGAUUGAUUGCUAUCUGCUUUUUACUGUUUUAUCCGUGCAUGCAUCUUUUAAAGAUUCGGAGUCAAAACAAUACUCGUCAUCUUGAGGAACCGUUACUGGGCAGCAAGCAAUUUGGAGAUUCCUUUGAAAUAAUUGUGGAUGCCCCUGAAAUAAAUUUAAAUGAUCAUAUAGAAAUCGAUUUGCCUACUUUUAGGCAUUUCUCUUAUUUUCCUUGCGCAAUUGCUAGGAGAACCCCUUUAGCUUAG